UCCUACAAAAGUAGGAAACUCUGAUUUCGCCAUGCGCACUCCAGAACACCUAUAUAAAUAAUGUGAAACGGGCUUGAAAGGACUUGCGCGAAAUUGUGGAUGCCGCAGGCGGUGUUUGCCUUGCUAAGAAACAUGAGCACGUUUAGUGGGACGUUGGUGGAAUACGAACGACUGUCCAUCGAUCGUUUUGAUGGACACAACGUCAACUCGACCGCCUUCUUGCUGUCACACUGCCACCGCGAUCACAUGCAGGGUAUUGACGGCGGCGCGUUCCGAAAACGACUGCGGAGCAGAGGCGAUCUGAAGCUGUACGCGUCCGCGGUGUCGUGUCGACUGCUGCUCAACGAACUCAAGUACGCCUGGCUACGCCGCCGACUGACAGCGCUGCCGCUGGAUGCACCUACGACGCUAACUGUGCCGGCCGACGGCGCGGGCAGCUACACAGUCGUCGUCACCGCCAUUCCCGCAAAUCACUGCGCCGGCUCUGUGAUGUUCCUCUUGGAAGGCGAACGCGGGACCGUCCUCUACACAGGCGACUUCAGGCUCGACGUCGGCAGCGCAUCGAACCUGGCGUCGCUCCACUGCGACGCCGGCCGCUUGAAGCCCAUCGACGCGGCCUACGUUGACACGACGCUGUGUCGCCCCGACGCAGCCUACGUCCCCACCCGGCAAGAUAGCGAGCGAGCCUUGGUGGAUUUCUUUGAACCAAAGUUCAGGUUAGGCGGAGCCCUACGACUGGCGCUGCCCGGCGCUAAGCUGGGCUACGAGACGUUGUUCACGUCGCUCGCAUUAGCGUUCGGCAUGAAGGUUCAUGUAUCGAGGGGUCAGAUGUCUCGCUACGCCGGUAUCGUCGACGUGGUGGAAUCUCUGACUCUUGAUGCGGAGACGACCCGGAUCCACGCGGACUGCAAGUGCGACGUGGGGCCAAACUGCGUAACGGUCAAGCCGUCGGCUAUGUGGUUCGCUCAUCGUGUGGCACCGAGUCGUCUGAUCGAAAGAGUUGCCGACGGCGUCCAUCGACUUUGUUACUCGACGCACGCGUCACUUGCCGAGGUGCGCGAUUUCGUGCGCUAUUUGCAGCCGCGUACGGUGCGGGCUAACGUUUGCCUGCGUGGUGUGGACGUCGCAACCCUCCUGGGUGUCGCCAGUGGCAGCCGAGCCCAAGAGCCCGCAUGGAACUUCUGGGGCCCGGAUGACGACGAACCUUCUGGAAUCACGGACGCCGCAGAUAAACUUCCUUCUCGUACGACGACGGUGCUCAGUCGUUGGCCACGGACGGCUGUUCGACCAGCGCCGUAUCCAGUGUCGAGUAUGAUCGAUGCAUUGCUGUAGUGUUCAUGUGGUCCGUCAGUCGUUCUUGUACCGUCUGGGUACGGGCUAGUUGGUAUUCCUUUGCAAACAUCACUUACGGCGCGUACAUAGAUAGGGCUUGUCUUCGUCGUUAUUUUGGUCCCUCUGUCUAUGUACGCGCUGUCAGUGAUGCUUGUACUGUUAUCUGCAUUGUUCUAGCAGAGCUUUUGUUUCAGCUGGUUGCAGCAGGAGUUUAAUGUGGGCAAGUUGGUAUAACAUAUGUAAAGAGAAACAGCACAAAAUAGAAGAGAGAAAAAGAAGACGGGUACAACGGGCGAGUGCUUUCAAACCUUUAUUCCAAACUUCCAAAUCUUUAUUGGAAGAAACAAAGUUUCUUUUUAUACAUGAAAAACAAAUUGUGCCAACAUUACAUCAUGAACUCUCUAUCACAUCAGAAAGGCGAUCUCUUUGUUGGCACUUGCCACUGAUGGGCAGCUAAUGCAUGUGCCGUUGACCCUCGCAGUAUAAAAAGUACCCAGUAUCUCCCUUUCUAGUCCAUCUCCAAAAGAUGCCAGAAACUCAGUAUGAUUGAGGUUUGGACGGAAUUUGCAAUGCUUGCAAUGAUCAGCCAAAUGCCCACUUGCAUAUUACUUACGACCCUUUUGGGCUUUCGUGCCCCUUCAUUGUAAGAACGCCAUUUGCCCAAUAUAUACCUGGUUGCAGCUUAGGAGAAUUUCAUAGACAACCUUUCUUCUGUACUGCAUGUACUGCACUGCAUGUUUCUUAGAGCAAGGGUCUGAUUUUGCUUUGGUCACUAUGGGGCAUAUCUUGGCCAAUUUACACAGCUCACUGGAGACAAUGUUAAUAUUAUGCCUUUGCACAACUUUCUUGAGGUUGUGCCAAUACGGUAUCGCAUGUACCUUCCUUCUAUCACUUGGUUUUACAGCGGAGCUGUCUUAGGCUUGUUUCUAGCAUUUCGGGAUGUGCUUAGGCGAAAGUUAUGGCGGCGUUUAUAGAGCUAAAAUAGCCUAAGCAUAAGGCAGAAUCGUAGCAGCAUAUGUGUCCCAGCUCCAUUUGAGGCCAGAUGUGUCAAAAUCGGUGAUGGAUGAUCGUUUGAUGUGUUGCGACCUAUGCAAGCAAUGACAGCGCGGCCGUUGCACCCUAUGCAUUACAAUGGGCACAAGCCUUGCCGCAGAGUAUGGCGAUGCAUGCGCCGUACACACUGGGGACAAAAUUGUCACCAUAUACGUUCAUCCCGAAAUGUCAAAGAGGAGGGACCUUGAAUACUUUAUGAUCAACACAUUUGAGUGGAUCCUCUUGGUGGACCACAAUCCCGUCAUCAUUGUAGGUGACUUCUUCAAUUUGUCGUGUCCUGACGGAAAGUGGUUCUUGGCGUUUCUCACGGAAAGGUUUGGCCUUCAAAGUUACACCAAGACCAAUGUCUCCAUGACGUACCAACAGUUGUGCAUAGACCUAACAUUCACUAAGAACAUUUCCACUGUCAUCACAGCACCCAUAACCAUUUAUUAUAGCGACCAUAAAGCUAAUUACUGUGGUAAAGAGAUAAACGUAAAUGCAAACAAACAUAACAACAUGCAUAUUUGUGUUAUAUUGUUUUGUUGCUUUAUUUUAUUUUCUUUAUAGUUAUAUACAACACCGCUGAUCAUCUUCACAGAGUGGAAUGGCUCUAACUUUUUUCUUUGCUAACUCCCUUCCUUAUCUGUUUGAGCUUUUAGAGAAGCUUAUCACAAAUGUUAGAAACUAGAGUGAGGUUAAGUUAAUUUUUGCGACUAGAGUAAAUAUUGAGGAGUUUUUAGAACUAUUGAAUUUUGCCUUCAGUCCACCGUCGUUAGUUUAGAAAACCAGCAUUAUGUGCAAUGCAAGGAAUCUUUGAUCACACCAUUCUAUCGGAUGGUUAUCUUAGCACUUUUGAAAACCUGUAAACAGCAUUCUUGAUAAGUUGUGUGCUUUUACCAUGCCUGGUGUGCUGUAGUGACCAUAGGAUGGUAAGAUCUCGAAUUAGCCUAGUCUUGAGGAGGGAACGGAAGAAACUGGUACAUAACAAGCUGAUCAAUGAGUUAACAGUAAGAGGGAAAAUAGAGGAAUUCCAGAUCAAGCUACAGAACAGGUAGCUUUAACUCAGGAAGAGGACCUUAGUGUUAAAGCAACAAACGAAAACCUUAGGGGAAUCAUUAAGGAGUGUGCAAUAGGAGUCUGUGGUAACUUCGUUAGACAGGAUACCGACCGGUAAGCUAUCGCAGGAGACGAAAGAUCUGAUUAAGAAAUGCCAAUGUGUGAAAGCCUCUAAUCCUACAGCUAGAAUAGAACUGGCAGAACUUUCGAAGUUAUUCAACAAGCGUUAGAUAGCUGACAUAAGGAAGUACAUAUCUAAUAUGUAUAGAAUUAAGCAUGCUCUCAGGAAUGGAGGAAGCCUAAAAGCAGUGAAGAAACUAGGAAUCGGCAAGAAUCAGAUGUAUGUGUUAAAAGACAAAGCCGGCAAUAUUACUGAUAUUGAUAAGAUAGUUCAAGUGGCUGAGGAGUUCUAUAGAGAUUUAUACAGUACUAGUGGCACCCACUACGUUAACGGAAGAGAAAAUAGUCUAGAGCAAUUUGACAUCCGACAAGUAACGCCGGAAGAAGUAAAGAAAGCCUUCGGAGCUAUUCAAAGGGGGAAGGCAGCUGGGGAGGACCAGGUAACAGUGGAUUUGUUGACGGAUGGUCAUGAUCUCAAACAUACUAGAAUCUUGGAAGAAUGCCAACAUAAUCCAUAAGAGAGGGAACGCCAAAGACUAAAAAUUAUGGACCGAACAGCUUACUGCCCAUUGCCUCCAAAGUAUUUACUAAGGUAAUCGGAAAUAGAAUUGGGAACAGCUUAGAUUUCUGUCAGCCAAGAGACCAGGCAGGAUUUCGUAAAGGCUACUCAACAAUAGACCAUAUUCGCACAAUCAGCCAGGUGAUAGAAAAAUGUGGGGAAUAUAAACAACCCUUAUGUACAUUUAUAUAGCUUUCAUUGAUUAGGAGAAAGCGUUUGAUUCAGUUGAAACCUCAGCAGUCAUGGAGGCAUUACGAAUUCAGGGUGUAGACGAGCCGUAUGUAAAAAUAGUGAAAUAUAUCUAUAGCGGCUCCACAGCCGCCGUAGUCCUCCAUAAGAAAAGCAACAAAAUCCUAAUAUAGAAAGGCGUCAGGCAGCGAGAUAAAACUUCUCCAAUGCUAUUCACAGCGUGUUUACAGGAGGUAUUCAGAUACCUGGAUUGGGAAGAAUUGGGGAUAAGAGUUAAUGGAGAAUACCUUAGUGACUUGCGAUUCGCUGAUGAUAUUGCCUUGCUUAGUAACUCAGGGGACCAAUUGCAUUGCAUGCUCACUGACCUGGAGAGGCAAAGCAGAAGGGUGGGUCUAAAAAUUAACCUGCAGAAAACUAAAGUAAUGUUUAACAGUCUCGGAAGAGAACAGCAGUUUACGAUAGGUAGCGAGGCACUGGAAGUGGUAAGAGAAUACACCUACCUAGGGCACGUAGCGACUGCGGAUCCGGAUCAUGAGACUGAAAUAAUCAGAAUAAUAAGAAUGGGCAGAGGUGCGUUUGGCAGGUAUUCUCAGAUCAUGAACAGCAGGUUGCCGUUAUCCCUCAAGAGAAAAGUGUAUAAUGGCUGUGUAUUACCAGUACUUGCCGACGGGGCAGAAACCUGGAGGUUUGUGAAGAGGGUUCUACUUAAAUUGAGGACGGCACAACGGGCUAUGAAAAGAAGAAUGAUGGGCAUAACAUUAAGGGAUGAGAAGAGAGCAGAUUCGGUGAGGGAACAAAUGCGAGUUAAUGACAUCUUAGUUGAAAUCGAGAAAAAGAAAUGAGGUCAUGUAAUUAGGAGGGAAGGUAACCAAUGCUCAUUAAGGGUUAUGGACUGGAUUCUAAGAGAAGGGAAGCGUAGCAGGCGGUGGCAGAAAGUUAGGUAGGCGGAUGAAUUAAGAAGUUUGCAGGGACAACAUGGCCACAAUUAGCACAAGAUCGGGGGUAGUUGGAGAAGUAUGGGAGAGGCCUUUGCCCUGCAGUGGGCGUAGCCAGGCUGAUGAUGAUGAUUAGGACUGUACUGGGUACAUAGAUGACUACCUAGUAGUCGUUAAUGAAGUACUACAGUUGAGACUAGUAGACGACACAGUAGAAAUGGUAAUUAACACCUUUAGAAAUGUGUCGAACGUUUUAAAAUUCAUGUGCGAGUGGCCAAGUGACAAUUGCAUCCGUUUCUUGGAUUUGAAGCUCACAUUAUUGAGCACGCAUGGAUGUUGGGAGGACCAGUCAUGGGUGAGCAAGCAUCUGAUUACGUGUGACAGUGCCCACUCUAAAUUCGUAAAAGUGGUGUAGCUAUGACAUGUCUAAAAGAAGCACUAAAUAAAUCUUGUGUUCACUAAGUAGAAACCAUCUGAAGCAGCAGAAGCUUGAUGUGGGCGAGUUGGUUUGACCUACUUGAAGGAAAGAAAAGAGCGCUACAAGGACGUGGACUAAAAGAAGAACAUGUACGAUGAACAGCGCCUGUCCAUUGUACAACUUCUUCUACUCUGCGUCUUCGUAGCUCUCUUUUCUUCAAGUAUAAACCAUGUUUAAUAUCCAGGUUAGAAGGCUGAGCAAAGCCGGUUUUCCAUCAUCUUUAGUUUCUAGCUUUUGUGAUAAGCUUUUCCAAAAGCUUAAACAAAUAAGGGAGGGAGUUAAGAAAGAAAGAUCGGGUGAUAAGAGGAAAGUACCUACAUCUGAUCCCAUAUUCGCACAACCUCAAGAAGGUCGCACAAAGGCAUAGUGUUAGUAAUGUCUUCUGUGCGCCGUGUAAAUUAGCCAAGAUAUACUCGAUGGUGACCAAAACGAAAUCGCACCCUUGCUCUCAGAAACAUGCAGUGCAGUACAUGCAGUGCACAAGAAAUAUCGUUUAUGAAAUCCUCCUAAGCUGCAACCAAGUACUGACCCUUUUUAUGAAGUAGCUUGCCCUAAAGGUACAAGGUGGCACUUUCGGCAGCGCACUGUACAUUGCCUCAAUGAAAGCAGACAAAUAUGAAACUGCUUCUGCCCUGUUGCUGUGCAAUUGUCGGAAAUACAACUGGGUGUUUGCUAACGUGCUGUGCUCCACUCAUGCUGCAGAAUGUAGAACGGUUAAGGGAAUAUGAGUGCAGUAGUUGGCUGCAAAACUAGUGACUGGCCUAAUAAGGAAUGGAAUAAAUCUUUGUGGCCAAGUCCACGAACCACUACUAAGUAAGGAAUGCUUGUCUUGCUGACCCUUCAUGAUGCACAGCUUUUCUCGAGGAUAAAAAGAAGAUAGACUAAUCCUCUAGCAUUUUAGCGCUAACCUCCAAGAAAAGGACUUGCGUCUGCAUGAGUGAGUAGUGCUUGUAGUACGGUGAGAAAGAUAGUGGCGCUGCUUCCUGGCAUAUAUGAUGAGCAAAACAAAAGAAGGUAAAAGCAGGAGCCAAUGUUUCGAUGUCUUUUUCAAGGGAACAUGCGCCGCUUUCCUUGACACAAUAUGUAGAGGUAGGGUUCUAAAGGGGAGACGGGUAACGUGGAUGGGCGAGGCAACGACCGAGGGUGUGUUAGCGGCGAGGUUGUAGAAUUGAAAAGAAAGGUGUGCUGUUUAACAUCAAUGUAGAAAUGUGAAGUAGCGCCGUGUGUCAGCACCGUGUGUCGGAACCUACACGGAACCUACAGCGCCGUGUGUCGCUGUAGGUUCCUUUGUUCGUGGAAGGGGACUGAACUACAAGGGGGGGGGGGAUUAUCUGCUGAAGGUCAGUGAACUAUUAUCUCUCUGCAAGAGAGAAUAAAUGAAGCAGCAGAAAAUGGUGCUCGUGGAAAAAAUAACAAAUGGAAUAAAUAUAUAAAUAAAAGAACAACAAGGCAACAAAAGAAAACAAUAAAAAACCAACUGAAAUAUAACUAAGUGCUGCUGCCUAUAGUUUGAAAUUUGGCAUAUCAAAUAGAUUCCAGAGCCCCCUUUGAAAUGUUUAUGCCAUUGAAUCGUUUACCCCUUCCCCUUCAGAAGAACCUUACCUGUAUAUAUACUGUGUCGAGGAAGCUAUAUCAUACCUUGAAAAAUACAAGUACACCUGUCGAAACGUUGGCUCCUGCUUUACCUUAUUCUCAUUUUGCUCAUUGUCUUGAAUUGCCAUCUCCCUGAAUGGUUAUGGCCUUUCAUAAGAGUAAUCAGCUUUUAAAUACAUGUCACCUACAACUUGUAAGCUCACACACAUAAGUAUUUUUUUUUCUAUUCCAUUAAGAUGGCUCUCAUCAUUCAUUGGAAUUGCAGAGGCCUAAUUCACAAUCUAGGUGACAUCAAAGACAUUAUAAAUAAGUUAUCACCAGUAACAUUCUGCCUUCAAGAAACGAACCUAGGACCCAAACAUACACAUUUUCUUAAACGUUUUACUGUCAUAAGAAAGGACUGCGAGCACUCCAGCCGUCUAUUAGGAGGUGGCGCUAUUGUCGUCAAAGUCUGCAUCCCCACACGGAACAUUUCAUUAAAUACUCCGUACAAGGCAGUAGCUGUCGCCGUUUUAUCUUUCAAGACUGUCACCAUCUGUUCGUUGUACAUCCCUCCCCAUAGCCAUUUCACAACUCGAGACAUGGAAAAUGCAAUUGGCCAGCUGCCGGAGCCUUUUGUUUUAGGAGAUUUUAAUGCUCAUUGCACUCUUUGGGGCAGCGAUAAGAAUGACCAAAAAUGACAACUUAUAUAGAAGGUUUUAUUUUGACAGACAUCUGUCUUUUGAAUUCAGGCACGGCAACACAUUUUUCACCGAGUUCACUUAAUUUUAGCUGCCUCGAUUUAGCAUUUUACUCUCGCGAUAUUUUUACCGGUUUUAAAUGGGACGUACUGGAGACUUCAUAUGUCAGUGAUCCUGCUAUAACCCACCUUACAUCAGCACUACCCAUUAUAUUCCACAAAGCAUGCCACUGGAAGUUACAAAUGGCAGACUUGUCUUUUCUCACAGAAAGUGCCAGCCUGGAGGAGCUUAUUUUAACAGAUCUAAGCAUUGAUGAAACUAGUGAAAAAUUUAUUAACUGCAUUAUUUCUGCCCCUGAAAAGGCCAUUCCGCAAUCUUCUGGCGUUGUUCGGAAAAAGCUGAAUCCUUGGUGGACACAUGAACGCACCGUAGCAAAAAAGCAGCAAAAUAAGGCCUGGGGAAUCUUACGCAGAUACUCAACACAUAACAACUUUCUCAAUUUAAAAUAGGCCAAAGCGAGAGCUCGAUAUAUUCGGAGACAGGCAGAAAAAUUGUCAUGGCAGAAAUAUAUAUCUACAGUUAAUAGCACCGUCACAUCCAAAAGGAUGUGGGAACGAGUCAGGAAGUUUAAGGCGGACUACUCGUCAUACACGAUACCCAUACUUACACCUUCAGGCACUCAGACAACACUACAAGAACAAGCGACAAUACUUGGGGAACAUAUCUAUAAUGUAUCUAGCUCGGCUAAUUAUUGAAACACAUUCUUAAAAUACAAACUGUUGGAAGAAAAGGAGAAACUACCAACUGCUUGUAUGUCAAGGGACAAAUACAAGGCUCCAUUUACGUUACAAGAACUUAACGGGGUUCUCUGUGCUGGCAAAAAAACUGCAGUAGGUCCUGACGGGUCCAUUAUUCCAUGCUUGCACACCUCUCCCCAGCAUCCGUAGAUUCUCUCCUUAAAUUUUUCAACAAUGUAUUUGAAUCAGGAAUCAUACCAAAAGGUUGGAAAAACGUAAUAGUUGUGCCUUUUUUAAAAAAAGGUAAAUCCCCUACAUCCCGAAGCAUCUUUCGACCCAUUGCCUUACAAGCUGUUUGGCGAAAUCGUACGAAAGUGUCGUAAAUGGGAGAUUAACUUUCAUGCUUGAUAUACGGAACUCCAUCGAUUUUUACCAGUGCGGCUAUAAAAAAGGGUGUUCAACGACGGACCACCUCGUCCGACUUGAACACGAAAUACGUGAAGCAUUCUUACACAAACAGCACUGCCUGGCAGUGUUCUUCGAUCUAAAUAAAGCGUAUGACACCAUGUGGAGAUUAUAAUCUUAUGUGACCUCGCUGUGUUAGGAAUCCAUGGCAAAAUGCUAAACUGUCUCGCUGAUUUUAUGUCCAACAGAACAUUCCAAACCCGUCUAGGCACUGUGCUCUUGCGCACAUUUAUCCAAGAAAACGGCGUGCCACAAGGUUGCGUACUUAGCACAACACUCUUUAUAGUAAAAAUGAACUCCAUCAACAAAGUCAUUCCCACCUCUGUUGUGCAUGCCAUAUACGUCGAUGAUCUGCAAAUUGCGUGCCGCGCCUCAACCUUACCAACAUGUGAAAGGCAGCUCCUGAUUACA